AUGAGGACGAGCACGUUUAGUCGGAUAGUGAAGUUCGGGCUUCAUUUUUACGGUGUCUGGCCAUAUUUGCCGUCGACUGUGGUGUCCCGAUCGUACUGGAUCAUCGCGUUGAGCACGGCUCAAGUCUUUCAGUACGGUUACGUGGUCGUAAACAGUGAUAUGGAUGACUUCUCCGAAUUUAUGGACGGAUUGAGCAGCGCGAUGGCGUCUUCGCUGCUCUUCAUCAAGCUCAUUAUCUUGUGGAUCAAUCAGCGGAAGUUUGGCGAUAUAUUGAAAAUAAUGACUGCGAACUGGCAGGAUCAUACAUCGAACUUUAAUAGUCUGAACAUAAUGACGAAAACAGCGUUCGUCGCGCGACGUAUGUCCAGGAUAAUUAUCCUCAUGCAAUUUUUCUCCGUGUUUUUCUACAGUCUCGGGGUCCUCGCCGCUAAUGCGGGCGAUCCCGAGAAAUGGGAGCCGUAUAAUCGGGAGCUGAUCCUGAAAAUGAAAUUUCCAUUCGAGAUCAGCACGUUUCCCAUAUACUGGACUGUCACGGUGGUUCAGUUCGUUCAUUUAAUUUGCGUCGGUUGGGGCAUUACUGUUGUCAACACACUUCUGGUUUCUCUGAUACUCCACAUCGGUGGCCAAAUAGACAUUCUUGAAGACUGGUUGACAAGAGCCUUCUCCAGAAAUGGAUCGGAAACUUCGGAUGAGAUUACGUCGCAAAUGUUGGUCACGAAACAUCAGCAGAUUAUUAUAUUCUCGGAGAAUAUCGAGAAUCUGUAUACAUAUAUCGCACUCAUGAUACUGUUAUCGGACACCCUGAUCAUUUGCUGCAUAGGAUUCAUUAUGGCCACCUCGCUCGGUGAACCCAACGCCGCGGCGAUUUUUGUGAAAUCCUUAAUGUUUUAUAUCACAAUGAACUUGGACGUAUUCGUAUACUGCUUCGCCGGCGAGUAUUUGAGCGCCAAGGGCAGAAUGAUUGGAGACGCAGCCUAUAAUUCUCUGUGGUAUGAUGUUUCGGUGAAGAAAAGUCGGAUCAUGAUGUUCAUCAUUAUGAGAUCGCAAAAACGGUUGGCGAUCACGUGUGGGAGGAUCAUGGAGCUCUCUUUAGAACGUUUCACCAGCGUAAGAUCAUAACUAUAGACCUAUAACUAUAGACCUAGUACAUAGACUGAGCCUUCUAACGAGGGACUGAAGACAUGAUUAAAGACCAGCUAUAUUCUGCUUCCGCUGUCCACAGACUAUCUUGUUAUCUUAUUAUACAUAGUUGCUCCUCCCGAAUCUUGUUCUGCGCGUUAAAUAAGCGAAGACGCGUAUGC